CCCAUGUAUCGCAAAGAAUCAACAAAUAUUUCUUUUAACGAAAAUAAAUCUGUAACUAUAAAUGGAAAAUAAAAACAUUAUUUGAUUUUCUCGAUAUACAUACAUUGCUACCACCGUCCCGCGAUUACAGGCCUGUAGUACUCAUUUUGCUUUUCCUUUCUUACACUUUGUUUCUCUCUCUACAAAUCUUGAUUCGUUCGGAUUCAAUUCGCUGAAAUUCUUGGGUUUCUUCCCCUCGAAAUCACUUCUUAUACGGCUAAGAUACGUAGUUUUGAUCGUUGGCUUCACACUGUUGGUUUUGGAGAAGGGGGACGGAUUCUUUGUUGAAGGCUGGUGAAGAAAUUGGAUAUCUGUUAGGGUUUCGGAGGCGGCACAGAUCUGAGUGCCGACGAUUUUUCCGAGUUCACCAGUGUCCUAAUUUGUUGAAGAAUUCACCAUGUUCUGGCGUAUGGCCGGUCUCUCCACUGCUUCUCCAGUGGAGACUAUUCUGGACAAGGAAAAUUUUACUCUAGAGGAGCUUUUGGAUGAGGAUGAAAUAAUUCAAGAAUGCAAAGCUCUUAAUGGCCGGCUUAUUAGUUUCUUGCGAGAGAGAGUGCAAAUUGAACAGCUUGUGAGAUACAUAGUGGAAAAAGCUCCAGAGGAUGCCGAGAAAACUCGCACUUUUAAGUUUCCAUUUAUUGCUUGUGAAAUUUUUACAUGUGAAGUGGAUAUAAUACUGAAAGCUUUGGUGGAGGAUGAAGAGUUGAUGGAUAUGCUCUUCUCUUUUCUCGAACCUGAGCGUUCUCACAGCACUUUGCUGGCUGGUUACUUUAGUAAGGUUGUCAUUUGUCUGUUACUGCGGAAGACAGUUCCUUUGAUGACUUAUAUACAGGCUCAUCGGGACAUUAUCAAAAAGCUGGUUGACCUGAUUGGAAUUACUUCCAUCAUGGAGGUUUUGAUUCGUCUCAUUGGAGCUGAUGAGCACCUCUAUUCCAAUUACACUGAUGUGAUGCAGUGGUUGGAAGAAACAGAUGUGCUCGAGAUGAUUGUUGAUAAGUUUAGCUCUUCAGAUUCCCCUGAAGUGCAUGCCAAUGCAGCAGAAGCACUUUGUGCUAUAACCAGAUAUGCUCCACCUGGGAUGAUGUCCAAAAUUUCCAGUCCUAGUUUUGUAGGCAGAUUAUUUCAUCAUGCUUUGGAGGACUCAAGGCCACAAUCUGUGCUCAUUAACUCAUUGUCAAUAUGCAUAUCGUUGUUAGAUCCCAAGAGGUUAACAUCUGGAGCAUAUUAUACAUACAACCGCCAAAUGAUUCUGGGUUCCAGAAUAACUGUUAAUGCCGAGACUCUGGAUGGGAUGCUGAAAAGCUUAGGUGAUUUGCUGAAACUUUUGGAUAUUUCUACCGAAGACCAUGUCUUGCUUACAACUUAUGGAGAGCUGCAUCCACCUCUUGGGAAACAUCGUUUAAAGAUUAUAGAGUUCAUCUCGGUUUUAGUAACUGUUAGCAGUGAAGCUGCUGAGAAGGAACUAAUUCGACUUGGUGCUGUAAAGCGGAUUGUGGAAUUGUUUUUUGAGUAUCCUUACAAUAACUUUUUGCAUCACCACGUAGAGCAAAUAGUUGUCUCCUGCUUGGAGAGCAAGAAUUCACUAUUUGUUGAACAUAUUCUAAAAGAUUGCAAUCUGGUCAGCAAGUUUCUAGAGGCAGAGAAGAACUUUGCUUUGGCAACUGUUUCAGACAAACCCACUGUCCCAGCUGAGGGAAAAUUGCCUCCUAGGAUUGGGAAUAUUGGACAUAUAACACGUAUAGCGAACAAGCUUGUCCAAUUAGCGAAUGAUGACAAUGAUAUUAAAUUGCAUCUGCAGGAAAAUAGUGAAUGGGUUGACUGGCACACAAAUGUCUUGCAAAAGCGCAAUGCAGUGGAAAACGUGUUCCAGUGGGCAUGCGGGAGGCCUACAGCUCUACAAGAUAGGACUAGGGACAGUGAUGAUGAAGAUUAUCAAGACAGGGACUAUGAUGUUACAGAAUUAGCCAACAAUUUGAGCCAGGCCUUCCGAUAUGGGAUUUAUAGUCAUGAUGAGAUUGAUGAGCCUCAUGGUUCACUCGAACGAGAUGAUGAGGAUACCUACUUUGAUGAUGAGUCGGCUGAAGUUGUCAUUUCUUCUCUUCGUCUCGGAAAUGACCAGGAAAGUGGGUCACUCUUUUCAAAUUCCAACUGGUUUGCUUUUGAAGACAAUAACAUUGUGAAUGAGCGUUCCACAAGUGAAAUGGCUUCGCCAUCACCCAAACUUGAAGAGAGUGGUGCGGAUGUGAACAUAUUGGAUGGAGAUAAUGAUCCUGUUGAUGCUGCAACUUCUGGAUCACCUGAAGAACCAAGUUUCAUUGAUCCUUCAGCGGAUGUUUCGCCGAAGGAUUCAAGACAAAGCAAUGAGUUUGAUAAACCUGCUGAGGAGGAACAGUUGAGGGGAAGUUCUGAUUUGGAUGAAUCCCCUGGCGCGCUGUCUGAUUCAGAUUUGACAUCUGAUAAUACUGCUCGUCCUGUGCCUUUACCAAAUGGAGGGCUUGAAGUGGAAACAGAGCCACUAGUUGAUGACACAGCAGAUUCUUUCCCGUCUGAUGCUGAUAAAUCUGAUAGCACAGUAGACACUGAGGUUGGAUCGUUGCAGGAAGCAUCAGAUACCAAUCCUGGUUCGAGCCCUUUGGCUCCACUGGAUUCGGAAGCUGAGAACAACAAGAACUCCGAACCUCAUACCGUAGGUUCGGUUGAUGUAGAGGUGCCCCCUGUUACUGUAACAGAAGGAUCUGGAGGAUCAGACGGCAAAGAGUAGAAACAGCUUGAUGUGGUUGAUUGUAAACAUCAUUUCUGGGGAGCUAACCACCACACUGCAGCCACACAAUAGGGAGACAUCCUCGGCCCGUGCAAUCUGUCAAAUAUUACUUAGAAUGUACAUUAAUGGAGCUCUUUCUGUCAAAUAGGGCUAAUGAUUCUUUUUCUAUUUUACCACCUUUUGCAUGACUUAGUAGAGAAUAACUGAGAUAUACCCUGAUCUUCUCAAGUGCAGCUCAUCGUACUAGCAAAAUUCUUUAGGUCUUACCUUCACCGCUCUUUAGCGUCAAGCUCUCGGUGAAGAAAUCAGGUUUGCCUGAUUUCCCUGAUCACGAGAGAAGAUGCAAGCUGUAAGCCAAGACCUCGAUUAUAGCAUAUCUCAAUCAAAUAUCCCUUUUAUCCUACUGAACGUUUAUUGUUCUGAUGAGGUUUUGGUUUAUCCCUAAUCAUUUUGGUAGUUUUGUAGUUGUAUAUUGUUGUUUGGCUUGGUAAGAAAGACCGACGGAUUUUAUAUUGUUGUCAUCAACAUUUGCUGCCGUGUUAUCUUUUUUUCUUUUUAAUUCUUUUAUUUUUCAUUGGAGAUGCGGGCUGUCAAUGGAUCUGUUUGAUCAGAACCACAUAAUAAAACAAACACCAUUCGGUAAG